AUGGCAAUAGUCUCCGCGCCUCGGCUGGUAGCGUGCUUGCUGAUCCUAGCCGUCGGAUUCAGCCACGUGGCGGGCAUCCGGUUCGAGGUGACGGCGUACAGCAAGUGUCUGGGCGAGGAGGUUCAGGAGGGGACGCUCGUCGUCGCGUCGUACCAAGUAGUGCCGAGCGGCGAGAGCAGCCCCCUCACCAAGAUCACCGCUAAGGUGACAUCCCCGUUUGGCCGGCAGCUGCACUGGCAGAGCGACGUGGAGGAAGGACACUUUGGAUUCACGGCCAAAGAAUCGGGCCAGUUCAUGGCGUGCUUCUGGAUGCCCCAUGGCACGCCGGGCAAGGAUUCCCUCAUGGUGGACCUAGAGUGGCGAUCGGGUGUGGCUGCUAAGGACUGGGAGAGCAUAGCAAAGAAGGAGAAGAUUGAUGGCAUGGGAUUGGAGCUGCGGAAGUUGGAUGAGACAGUGAGGGCCAUCCGAGAUGAAAUGACCUACUUCAGAGGGAGGGAGUCAGAAAUUCGGGACUCUAAUGAGCUGACCAACGAGCGGGUGGCCUUCAUUAGCAUCACAUCGCUGCUAAUAUGUGUGGCGCUAGCAUCCAUCCAGCUGUGCCUUGUUCCCUUCGCUGCACCGCUAUCGGCACGUUUCGCUGCAGGCCAAUGGCUUGGCUCCUCCCGGUUUCUUGGCGAUUCCAUCGGCACCAGCUCGUUCGUGUCUGCUGUACGGCGUAACGCGGGGUGGGACAGUUCGCUCACACCCACCAGCCAGAGAAGCACUCGGAUCCUCCCCAAAACAGAGGCAGCUGGAUGGACCAGAAAAGGAGGCAAGUCAGCAGGGGGCAGCGGCAGCAAGGCAGCCAAGCCAAAGGCUAAGUCCUGGAAAGAGCGGCACGAGAAGUUCGUGAAGCCGUUUCUCCUGGACGUGUACAUUUCCAAGCGUUACAUUGAAGAAAGGGCAGAAGUAUGA